AUGGGGAAGAGCAAGGCUCGUAACAGGUCUUCUCCUCCAAAGCUCCCUUUAGUUGUUGAAGUUCCAGUGUCGACUGAAGCUGAUGCAGCUAAAGCAACUGGUUCCACUAAAGAUAUUCAGAGUUCUUCGGAGGUAUCCGCCUCACAAAAUACGGCUUCUGAGAGCAAGCUCCAGGACCCGAUCUCAGGCCAGAGUUCUGGAUCUGAAAAAACAACCACUGUAGCUACAGUGGAAACUGCGAAGGUCCUUACGGUGACUGACCCAGCAACCAACCAUACCAGUGACGACAAGGAGGAGGGCGAGAUUUCCCCUCUCAAUCCCAAAAUCGUACCUGCGAAGGAAGCUCCACUCCCUGAUAAAACAUGGGAACCCGAGCCAACUGGACCCCAAAUGGCUUCUACUUCUCCACCUGCAAUAGGAGGAGAACAAGGAACCCAGAAUUUCACAAAGAAGGACUCCUGGACGGGUUUAUUCAAAGGAAACACUAAGAAGCUGCAGAAAAAGGGUGAAAGCUUCAUGCUUCCUUCUGGUGAAACUUGUGUUACUAUACCCAACUCUGUAAUUGAAAAGAACAUAAGGUCCUGGGAAAGCUUCAUCAUAGGCCAGUUCUACUCAGACCCACCAUCUCAAGGCACUAUCCAGACGAUAGUAAAUGGAAUCUGGAGUAAGCAAUUCCGAGACAUCACCGUCUCUAAAAUGGAAGGCUUUGCUUUCCUCCUCAGAAUCCCGAAUGCCUCUACUCGUGCUCAUGUUCUGAAGCAGUGUCUGUGGCAAAUAGAAGGACAAACAGUGUUUGUCGCAAAAUGGGAGCCAGGGAUUGUUCCAGUAAAGCCUGAGCUAACUUCGGCUCCAAUUUGGUUGGAACUUCGUGAUGUUCCGCUACAAUUCUUCAACGAAGAAGCUCUUGAGCACAUUGCUAGUCAGGUUGGAGACCCCAAAUUCCUCCACCCCCACACGGCAAAUAAAACCAACCUUGAGGUGGCCAAAGUCUUUACCAUUAUAGACCCUAGAGUGCCAUUACCUGAAGCGGUGAACGCCAGAUUCGAAUCAGGAGAGAUAAGGCGGAUUCGGGUGUCAAGCCCUUGGAUGCCUCCGGUGUGCUCGUUCUGUAAAGAAGUUGGCCACUCAUUGAAGCGUUGCAAGAAAGCUCCAAUCACGUGUAAAUUUUGCAAAUCAACUGGUCAUCUCCAAUCUGAUUGUACUCGGGCAAAAGGCAAGUCAUCAUCUCAGCCAGCUAACAAUCAGAGAUUUGCGACUCCCUCUAAAGAAGCCAAGGAAUCGUCACAGGAGGCAAAUCAUACUCAGCCUCCAUCUGUGAAGAAAUCUAAAGCUUCUUUUAAAAAAAUGGAGAAAGGAGAAACUAGUAUAACCCCUGGAACCCGCAACGUGGUUGCUCGUGAUCACCAUCCUCCAGAACACGCAAACUCAGAAACCUCACCGGCGGAAUCGGAUUCCUCGGACGUGGACUCAUCCGACUCACAGUUUAGCGAUGACUCUGGAAACUAUGAGUUUUCUGACUUGGGAAAAAUCUGGAUCUUAUGGCAUCCUACACUUCGAGUCUCGAUCAUACACAAAUCUCUUCAGAUGAUCACUUGCCUCGUCAAGCAUCCGGACUACCUACAUCCAGUUAUUGUAUCUUCAAUCUAUGCCUCAAAUGAUGAAGAUAUAAGAAAAGAGCUUUGGUCUGAGAUAUCAGACAUAUCUACCCACUCUGAGGUACAUGGGAAAGCAUGGGUUCUAUUGGGUGACUUCAACCAAGUGCUUAAGCCGGACGAGCAUUCUAGCCCUCCUACUCUCAAUGUUGAUAGAAAAACCAGGGAGUUUCAGGAAUGUUUAGCAGACAAUGCUUUAUCGGAUCUCAACUACACUGGCCCUACUUUCUCCUGGUGGAACAGUCAGAAAGCAAACCCAAUAGGAAAGAAGCUCGACCGCAUUCUGGUGAAUGAUCAAUGGCAUGUUCAUUUCCCUUCUUCCCGUGGAGUCUUUGGACCUCAACAAUUCUCAGAUCAUGCAUCUAUGUCGGUUAUUCUUCAAUCUGACAAGGUCAAACAUCGCAUCCCCUUCAGGUUCUUCAACUUCCUUCUCCUGGACAGUGAACUCCUACCUAUGAUCGCCUGGCUUUGGUUCUCAACUAAUAUCGUCGGAUCUGAAAUGUUUCGAGUCUCUAAAAAGCUUAAAGCUCUUAAAAACCCGAUAAGAUAUUUCAACAGAGACCGCUACUCCAACCUGGAGAAGCGGGCAGAAGAAGCUCAAGCCAAUCUAAACCUGAUUCAGCAUAACCUCCUUUCAGACCCGACGCCGGCGAUAGCGGAAGCAGAGGCUGAUGCCCAAAGAAAGCUCGGUAUCCUCCUUAAAGCGGAGCAAGCAUUCUUAUUUCAGAGGACAAAUAUAUCAUGGCUGCAAGUUGGUGACUGUGGCUCUCAUUAUUUCCACAAACUGAUGGCAACAAGGCGCUCACAGAACCAUAUCCACCUUCUGCUUGGGCCGUCUGGUGAAAGAUUCGAAACUCGAGAUGCUAUCCAUGCUCACUGUCUUGCUCAUUUCACGGAAUUUCUUGGUACCUCUGCCACGCAGCCGUCUUUUGAUCCCCAAGAUAUCUCUCUACUGCUGAACUACAACUGCUCAGACAACCAGAGGAAAAAACUGCAAGAGGAUUUCUCAGAACAAGAAAUAAAAGAUGCCUUCUUCUCCUUGCCACGGAACAAAUCAUGUGGUCCGGAUGGAUUUUCUUCAGAAUUCUUUAUUGGCUGCUGGUCAAUUAUAGGUCCGGAGAUCAUAUCUGCUGUCAAAGAAUUCUUCAGGGAAGGCAAGCUAUUGAGACAGUGGAACUCAACAAUGCUGGUACUCAUCCCAAAAAUCAGGAAUGCUUCAACGAUAGGUGACUUUCGACCGAUAUCUUGCCUCAACACCUUAUAUAAAUUCAUCUCUCGACUGUUAACGGGCAGACUGAAGGAGGCUCUUAUACCAGUUAUCUCACAUGCCCAAUCAGCGUUCAUGCCUGGUAGGCUCUUGACUGAGAACGUUUUGCUUGCUACGGAGCUAGUCCAAGGUUACAAACGGAAAAAUAUAUCUUCCCGCGCCAUGCUAAAGGUAGAUCUCCGUAAAGCAUUUGACUCUAUAAGAUGGAACUUCGUAAUUGCGUCUCUUCAGGCUCUGGGAAUGCCUCUGCGAUUUGUGAACUGGAUCUCUGAAUGCAUUACCUCAGCCUCUUUCACGAUCUGUGUAAAUGGAGAAUCAGGUGGAUAUUUUAAAAGUACGCGAGGACUGAGGCAAGGUGAUCCCCUAUCACCUUACCUCUUUGUUUUGGUAAUGGAGGUGUUCUCUCGACUUCUUAAGUCUCGCUAUGACUCGGGGUACAUUCAGUAUCAUCCUAAUGCGGAACCGGUGGACAUCUCGCAUCUAAUGUUCGCAGACGAUGUGAUGGUUUUCUAUGACGGCAGUUCCUCCUCGCUUCAUGGUAUCUCUGAAACUCUCGACGACUUUGCGACUUGGUCUGGGCUUGAAAUUAAUCAGAAUAAAUCAGAGCUCUUCAUUGCUGGCCUCAGCCCUCAAGACACUAUCACCACCAUGAGUUAUGGAUUCCCCAUUGGUUUGCUGCCUAUACGGUAUCUGGGUCUUCCGCUGAUGCACCGUAGGCUGAGAAUAUCUGAAUACUCCAUGUUACUAGACCAAAUCUCCAGAAGCUUUAAUGCGUGGUCGGCGAGAAAUCUUUCCUUCGCAGGAAGAUUGGUUCUUAUAAAAUCUGUCAUCUCUGGAACUGUGGUUUUCUGGAUGACAACUUUCAUUCUACCAAAGGGGUGUAUCAAAAAGAUUGAAUCUCUUUGCUCAAAGUUCCUAUGGUCAGGCCAAAUUGAAAGUCCUGCAUUCACAAAGAUCUCUUGGGCUGCUUGUUGUCUGCCGAAACGUGAAGGUGGUCUUGGUCUACGUCGCUACGAAACAUGGAACAAGACUCUAUGCCUACGCCUUUUCUGGCUCCUUUUUGCAGAGGGAGGAUCGCUAUGGGUAGCGUGGCACAAACACCACCAUCUCUGCAGCGAGAGUUUCUGGUCUUUAUCAGACCAUGCAAAGGAUUCAUGGCAUUGGAAGUCCCUUCUUAAGCUCAGACAGCUUGCUAGACCUUUCAUCAGUUGUACUGUCCUUAAUGGAAGCAAAGCAAGUUUUUGGUUCGAUACCUGGACGUCGUUGGGACCCUUGAUAGAUGUGCUUGGUCCUGCGGGACCUCGAGCUCUGCGAAUUCCCCUUCAAGCCAAAGUAUUGAAGGCUACAAGAGGUAAUGUAUGGAAUCUCCCUUCACCUAGAUCAGAGAUGGAAGUGGUUCUUCAUGCCUAUCUGACCACUGUUCCGGUUCCCUCGGGUGAACUCGAAGCCGACUUCUACUCAUGGACAAUCGAAGGGGUGAAAUCUGAGUAUUUCUCCUCAGCUAAAACAUGGAGGAUUAUCAGAGAAAAACAACCAACCAGAAGUUGGUUCAAGGCGGUAUGGUUCAAAGGUAACACACCAAAGCAUGCCUUCCACAUGUGGGUUGCUGUACAUGACAGACUACCGACGCGUAACAGACUGGCAGCAUGGGGAAUGCUCACACCUACUUCAUGUUGUCUCUGUUCGCUUUCAGAUGAAUCAAGGGACCAUCUCUUCAUCGAGUGUCCUUUUAGCAAGGAUAUUUGGAGAAGGAUGCUCCAAAAACUGUUUCCAACGUCACCAAUGUUUGACUCAUGGGCGCAGAUGUUGAAUUGGCCGUCACUGGCUCCUAAUCAGUCUAUGCGAACAUUACGUGGCAUUGCGGUCCAGGUCAUCAUCUACAACCUUUGGACUGAAAGGAACAAUAGAGUCUUCAGGAACCAGAUGUUAACUGCUUCUGAACUCUUUAAGAUUGUGGACAGAACUGUGAGAAAUACAAUCUCUGCUCGCAAGACCAGAAAGUACUUCAAGAACCUGAUGGUAGUUUGGUUGGUUUAA